AUGGCAGGCUCCACGUUGUCUGAUAGUCCCUGCAAGCUGUUUCAUGUUAUUGACCUCUUUGACUACUCAGCAGGAACAGGCGUGCGUUCGGUCCUCAUUGUCGUACACAAUAUGCAGCUCCAGAACUUCAUCAGAUUUCUAGCUUUUGUACCUGCAUCUAUACCCAUCGUCAGCCACAAGAACAUCGUAGGGUAUCCCUUCCCUUCAGCAGGCCUCCCAAAUCUCCCGGACAAAUGCCAGCAAGCUUCGACGAGACAGCUGUCAAGGAACGCGUGGACUUCCGGGAACAUUUGUUGGAAUUACAUCUCUCGAAUAAUCAUGUCCCGGAAAGUCUCGGAAGGCGACCAACUCACACCACACCAGCAGAGCACUUGGCAACACGCCAUAACCAAGAACAUCCUCUGUCAUCACCUCCAUUGCGACACUGAAAGUUGGAAGCGUCAAAGCCUGCCCACGUCUUCAUCGCAACCAAGAUCUCCGCCGACCACACCACAAAAUAUCAUUCCUCCACAAGCACUUCAACUUGGGCGACGUUACGACUUUGACCAGCCAGCCGAUCAAAUCCGCGGCGCUCGCAAAGCAACAUAUUUCUUUGAUGAGAGCUCCAAGCAGCCACCGAAACCCCGAUAUCAGAAACAAUCAUCAAGCAUCAGCUCUGAACCAGAAUAG